CACAGGAACCGCCCCUUGAACCACCGGAGAUGACCGAAGAGGGUCGGCCUCAGCCUCCCGGGCACUUCCGGCGGAACUGCAGGUCCAGGCCUCCAAUCCCCACCUCCUCCUGGCAGGCCACGCCCUUCGCCCUGCUUUCUGUCAAAUCGACGGAAAUUGCCGAACUGAACCUGAGCGGGGCGGGAAUUGGCGCAGCUGAGGUUUCUAGUCCCUCCUGGCUUCCCGUUCUCCAGGCCCGGCUGACGGAGGUCGCCGAGGCCGCCAUAUUGAAUAAGCCUCCGGGCGUCUAAGGGGGUCGGUGCGGUGCAGACAGUUCUGCCGAGUGCCCUCGGCGGCUCCAGACAGAAGCAAUAUGUUAAGGAUACCUGUGAGAAGGGCCUUAAUAGGCCUUUCUAAGUCUCCUAAAGAAUAUGUUCGAACGACAGCCACAGCAGCAAGCAACUUAAUUGAAGUAUUUGUUGACGGCCAGUCUGUCAUGGUGGAACCGGGAACUACCGUCCUCCAAGCUUGUGAGAAGGUUGGCAUGCAGAUCCCUCGAUUCUGUUACCAUGAAAGGCUGUCAAUUGCUGGAAACUGCAGGAUGUGCCUUGUUGAAAUUGAGAAAGCUCCUAAGGUUGUAGCUGCUUCAAAUCACCCAUUGGACUGCCCUAUUUGUGAUCAGGGAGGCGAAUGUGAUCUGCAGGACCAGUCCAUGAUGUUUGGAAGUGAUAGGAGCCGGUUUUUAGAGGGGAAACGUGCUGUGGAGGACAAGAAUAUUGGGCCAUUGGUAAAGACCAUUAUGACUAGAUGUAUACAGUGUACUCGCUGCAUCAGGUUUGCAAGUGAGAUUGCAGGAGUAGAUGAUUUGGGAACAACAGGCAGAGGAAAUGAUAUGCAAGUUGGCACAUACAUUGAAAAGAUGUUUAUGUCUGAACUGUCUGGGAAUGUCAUUGAUAUCUGUCCUGUAGGUGCCCUGACCUCUAAGCCCUAUGCCUUCACUGCCCGGCCUUGGGAAACAAGAAAGACAGAAUCCAUUGAUGUAAUGGAUGCAGUUGGAAGUAAUAUUGUGGUAAGCACAAGAACUGGAGAGGUGAUGAGGAUUUUGCCAAGAAUGCAUGAGGACAUUAAUGAAGAGUGGAUCUCUGAUAAAACCAGAUUUGCCUAUGAUGGGCUAAAACGUCAAAGACUUACCCAGCCGAUGGUCAGAAAUGAAAAAGGGCUUUUAACCUAUACUUCCUGGGAGGAUGCACUCUCUCGUGUAGCUGGAAUGUUGCAGAGUUUUCAAGGCAAAGAUGUGGCAGCAAUUGCAGGUGGCUUGGUGGAUGCUGAAGCCCUAGUAGCUCUCAAAGAUUUGCUUAAUAGAGUGGACUCUGACACCCUAUGCACUGAAGAGGUCUUCCCCACUGCAGGAGCUGGCACAGAUUUGCGAUCCAAUUAUCUUCUUAAUACUACAAUUGCUGGUGUGGAAGAGGCAGAUGUUGUCCUUCUGGUUGGUACAAAUCCACGUUUUGAGGCACCACUAUUUAAUGCUAGAAUUCGAAAGAGCUGGCUUCAUAAUGACUUAAAAGUGGCCCUUAUAGGCAGCCAAGUGGAUCUCACUUACAGAUAUGACCAUCUGGGAGAUUCUCCCAAAAUUCUUCAAGACAUUGCUUCAGGUACCCAUCCAUUCAGCCAGGUCUUAAAGGAAGCUAAAAAACCUAUGGUGGUUUUAGGUAGUUCUGCGCUCCAAAGAAAUGAUGGGGCAGCGAUUCUUGCAGCUGUUUCCAGCAUUGCUCAAAAGAUUCGGAUGAGCAGUGGUGUUGCUGGUGAUUGGAAAGUUAUGAAUAUCCUACAUAGGAUUGCAAGCCAAGUAGCUGCUUUAGACCUUGGGUAUAAGCCUGGGGUGGAAGCAAUUCGAAAGAACCCUCCCAAAGUGUUAUUUCUCCUGGGAGCAGAUGGAGGUUGUAUCACUCGACAGGAUUUGCCAAAGGAUUGUUUCAUUAUUUAUCAAGGACAUCACGGUGAUGUUGGAGCUCCUAUAGCUGAUGUUAUUCUCCCAGGCGCAGCUUACACAGAGAAGUCUGCUACUUAUGUCAAUACUGAGGGCCGAGCUCAGCAGACUAAAGUAGCAGUGACCCCUCCUGGCUUGGCGAGAGAAGACUGGAAAAUUUUAAGAGCCCUCUCGGAGAUAGCAGGCAUAACUCUUCCAUAUGAUACUCUGGAUCAAGUAAGGAACAGAUUGGAAGAAGUCUCUCCUAAUCUUGUUCGAUAUGAUGAUGUUGAAGGAGCUAAUUAUUUCCAGCAAUCAAGUGAGCUCUCCAAGCUAGUGAACCAGCAACUACUUGCUGAUCCUCUUGUUCCACCUCAGCUAACAAUAAAAGACUUCUAUAUGACAGAUUCAAUUAGCAGAGCCUCACAGACAAUGGCCAAAUGUGUUAAAGCUGUCACAGAGGGUGCCCAGGCAGUAGAGGAACCAUCCAUAUGCUGAAACAUCUACCAGUUUUGCUACAGAUACUUAAUGGACAACUAUGUUGGAGUGAUCUCUUAGAGGUUUCUCUCUUUAAAAAAUAAUCUGAAUGAUGUAAUAUUUAAGGUUCUAUCAUGCUUAUUUGAAAACAAUAUUGCAAUCAUCAAAGAACUUGGAGCUUCCAAGAAUGUUUAUGUAUUGUGUGUAAACAUUAAAUAGUUUAAUAAACAUGUACACUGAUGCUUUUUCAUGUAAAAGCAUUAAUAGUCUUUGUGAUGAAUACAAAGAAAAUCCUUAAAAUAUGAAUUUUUGUUUAUCUUUAUAGGUCAUUUAUGUUUGUAAAUGGGUUAAAGAAGCAAAGCUUCCAUUAGGACCCCUUUUUUAAUUUGUUUUGUUUUUUUGUUAAUCCUCACCUGUUUUUUCCAUUUAUUUUUAAAGAGAGUGGAAGAGAAGGAGGGAGGGAGGGAGGGAGGGAGAAAUAUUGAUGUAAGACAGACACAUCAAUUGGUUGCCUUUGCACGAGCCCCAACUGGAGCCAGAAUCGAACUUGUAACCCAGGUUUGUGCCCUUGACCGAGAAUCAAACUCGUAACCCUUCAGUGUGCAGGCUGAACUCUAACCACUGAGCACACUGGCGAGGGCAGGACCCCCUUUUUUAUUGUUAAAAUAAAGAUUUAAAUAUUCUGUCAGGGUGGGUACAUAGAAAAAAUACAUAAUCAUAUACUGUAUGUAUCCUGGAAAAUUAUAACAAUAGCUAAUGGUUAUUCAACUUUUUCUGUGUGCUAAGUAACCACUAAGCUUACAUGUAUUACUUGUUUUGUCCUUGCUCUGACCCUAUGAGGUAGUAGUAUUUCAUUUUACAGGUGAAGAACCUGAAGCCCAGGUAUAUUAGGUAGCUUGCUCAAGGCCACAACAAAAAAGUCAGACUUAAGCUGAGUUCUGUCUGACUCCAAAAUGUAUUGUUGUUAACUGCUACACAUAAUUCCCUGCCAUUGAUGCAUAGUCUAAGAAUUGGUAUUGAGGAGCUUAAUGGGUAACACAUUUUUCUGUAUUCGCUUGUACCUGUUUAUAUAAUGUCAUGGUGGUUAUGUGACAUUUUUCUUUGGAUAAUAGAUUACACAUACAUACACCCACCGGGAAUGAGGGAGGUCUGAAGAGAUCUAUAAUGUAGGUCUUCAUUGAUGUUUCAUAUUCAUUAUAUUAGUACCAUGUAUAAUAUUAAGUCAGAUAAAUUUCCAGUAAUAGAAAAUAAACUAAUAGCUUUCAUAAUUUUUAAUUGUCAAAACAAAAAGGAAAAAUUUUACAGCGAAUCUUGGAGGUAAUCUAAAGCUAUAUUAAAUUUUUUCAAAAUUCA